UUCCGAGUGCUUAGUCAAACCUCCCUUUCUCUCGCCCCUUGCUGAGAGACACCGGCUGUUUGAUUUUAACAAAACUGGGAGAAGGCCCGCGCCACCAACAGAAAGUUUGGACGACGUGAGGGGCGACCUUAACGACGGUUAAGGCCAGACACGAAAGCGAUCACGUUUGUGGCUUUAAAGUGUGUCUGUGAAACAGCUGUGUGGCGAUGGACGCGAGAGACACUGCCCCUGAUUCCUGGGAUCAGGAGGACGAUGGCGAGGCCCAGGUCGACGUGCAACUUUCCAAUGCGUUUAGUGCCCAUCUAAACGUGGACGCCAAGCCGUUUGUCCCCAACGUACACGCCGCAGAAUUCAUUCCAUCCUUCCUGCAGAAGGACUCGGCGGAAACGGAGGAGUCAGUGGGACCCAAUACAGAUGCCAACAUGAAAGUGUCAGAGAAUGAAGCUCCACCAAUGGAAAAUGGUGAUGCAGAGAUGACAGCUGAUGAGACAUGGGAACAAAAAGGGAGUGAGCCCAGCGAGGCUGAGGCUGAGCCGGGAGGCAGCCCCGGAGGGGACGGGGGUCCGGCUGAGGAAGACUCCCCGCAAGAGGAAGAAAUGGAGGAGGAAGAAGUAGUGCCAAUACCUAAAGUAGUCCCAACACAGCCAAAUGCCCCCAAGAAGGAACAUGUUAAUGUGGUCUUUAUUGGCCAUGUCGAUGCUGGAAAGUCAACUAUUGGAGGACAAAUCAUGUAUUUAACAGGAAUGGUGGACAAACGAACUCUGGAGAAGUAUGAGAAAGAAGCCAAGGAGAAGAACAGGGAAACUUGGUACCUCUCCUGGGCCUUGGACACAAAUCAGGAGGAGAGAGACAAGGGGAAGACGGUGGAGGUUGGACGUGCAUACUUCGAGACGGAGAAAAAGCACUUUACCAUUCUAGAUGCACCAGGUCACAAAAGCUUCGUCCCCAACAUGAUAGGCGGAGCUUCUCAGGCUGAUUUGGCAGUGCUGGUGAUCUCUGCAAGGAAAGGAGAGUUUGAGACGGGCUUUGAGAAAGGCGGUCAGACGCGAGAGCAUGCCAUGUUGGCCAAAACCGCUGGUGUGAAGCAUUUGAUUGUACUUAUAAACAAAAUGGAUGACCCAACAGUGAACUGGAGUCUGGAGAGGUACGAAGAAUGUAAAGAGAAACUUGUUCCAUUUUUGAAGAAAGUUGGCUUCAAUCCCAGAAAAGAUGUCCAUUUCAUGCCAUGUUCAGGACUCACUGGAGCCAAUCUAAAGGAGCCGGCAGAAUUCUGCCCAUGGUAUACAGGGUUACCAUUCAUUCCACAUCUGGACAGUUUACCAAACUUUAACAGAUCAAGCGAUGGGCCCGUCAGGUUACCUAUAGUAGAUAAAUAUAAGGACAUGGGCACUGUGGUCCUGGGAAAGCUUGAAUCAGGAUCAAUCUGUAAAGCUCAGCAACUUGUGAUGAUGCCCAACAGGCACACUGUGGAGGUGCUGAGUCUGCUUUCCGAUGACGUUGAAACGGAUGACGCUGCACCUGGUGAGAACCUGAAAUUGCGGCUUAAGGGUAUUGAAGAGGAGGAGAUCCUGCCAGGCUUUAUUCUCUGCAAUGCUGAGAAUCUCUGCCACACUGGGCGUACCUUUGAUGCCCAGAUAGUCAUCAUUGAACACAAGUCAAUCAUCUGCCCGGGUUACAACGCUGUUCUUCAUAUUCACACCUGCAUUGAAGAAGUUCAAAUCACGGCCUUAAUCUGUCUGGUGGACAAAAAGACAGGGGAAAAGAGCAAAACGCGACCCCGCUUUGUUAAACAGGACCAAGUGUGCAUUGCUCGUCUGAGAACAGCUGGGACCAUCUGCCUUGAAACCUUCAAAGAUUUCCCUCAGAUGGGACGCUUCACCUUACGAGAUGAGGGGAAAACCAUUGCCAUUGGGAAAGUGUUGAAACUUGUUGCUGAGAAGGACUGAAAACAGUGUUGAUCUGAAAUGACUGACAGAGGUGGAGGUAGAUGCUGCUUCGGUUGCGGCACACUUCAUAGCCCUCCUGUCCUUUCUCUCCCCUCUGCCUCCUAAAGACCAGCUUAAAAAACUUCUCUUAAAAGAAAUCUGUUUUUAAGCAAAUGAAAAUGAAAUCAAGUCCACAUGUGUCAGCUUUCUCAUAUUGAGAGCUCAGCGAUGCCAUUGUUUUAGGUUCUUCCCCCGUGACCUCUUCCCUGUCAGCCUGCACAUGAUUAAUGGCAAGAGAUUUAGCUCUUUUUCCAAACUUUUUUUAUUUUUAUAAUUUUUCUUUUGGCUUCCAUCAGAGAAAUAUAAUGGCAGCAGAUACAGUAAACGUAUGUGGACCAAGAUUUGCUUGUUAACAUAAAAUGAUCUAUGAACAGUAAAGAAUGAUUAACCAAUUGAAACCAAAAUGUCAAUAUCUUGGUUGUACAUGUCUCCCAUUGCUUAUUCCCAUUUUGGUUUCUCUGUUCAUAUAACGUUCUUGCCGAGUGCACGAGCGUGUUCAUUAUUAAAGCAUCUUCUAUGACAAUAAAAUAUAAAAUUGGGGAAAAAAUGAGAA